UUUGAGCUUUGUCCUCAGAAACAGCUCAGGAAUAUCCUCUUUAAGCGUUGACCCGCUCUUUUAAAUUGUUUUUUUUUUCUUCUUUCUUCUUUUUCAUAACAUGGCAAUACAAUUGAAGCAAUUCUGGAAGGAAAAGAAGCGUCUUAAAGCGUGGCAUGAGGAUAUGAGUCAAGCUUUGUGUGGACAUUAUGCGGUAGGGAGGAGCUGAGCGGGAGCACAAGUAACCCGAGGGAGAGAUAGGGAAGCCUGACCAGGUUGUCAGAUGGAUUCUGCAGCGCCUUGAAGCUUCAGACUCUCUCCUGGAUGUGAUUACUCUUCACCAUAAUGGGGUUUUUUAUUUCCUCAAGAGGAUUUACAAUAUCGAACAGAGCCGUUGCUCUGACUGACACCAGCUCCUGCCUUUAAGUGGAUUUCUGAAUCAAGAUCGACUCCUUCAGUAUGCUGAACCACCCUUUCACUCCCACUGCAAAGUACCUCUUACUCUGCCUCCUGUUGUUGUCCCUUGGUUGGGAAAAGGCAGCCUGCACUCUUGGAGACGGCAGGAAGAUUUGGCAGCAGCCCAAGCCGGACUCUAUCAUCAAAGACCGGUCUUUCCUUCAUGAUACUUUCCCUUCGGGGUUCCUUUGGGGGUCAGGGACGUCUGCCCUCCAGACAGAAGGGGCCUGGGAUCAGGAGGGGAAAGGCCCGUCCAUAUGGGACCAUUUCACCCACUCCAAUAUCAGUGAUAAAUUGGCACCUGAGACGGCCCAUGUGGCUAGUGACAGCUACCCUCACUGGGACAAAGAUGUGGAGGCACUGGAGUAUUUAGGCGUAAGAUCGUACUAUUUCUCUCUCUCCUGGCCCAGACUCUUCCCCGAUGGAAACGCUAAAAGUCGGCCAAACAAAGCUGCCGUGGAGCAUUACAGCCGUCUCAUAGAGAGGCUCCUGGAGAAGAGAGUUGAGCCCAUUGUCACCCUCUAUCACUGGGACCUGCCACAAGUCCUGCAGGAGCACUAUGGAGGCUGGAAGAAUGAGUCCAUAGUGGAACUGUUUGAGGACUACGCUGCCUUUUGUUUCGACACAUUUGGGAGCCGCGUCAGGUACUGGCUCACAUUGCAUAAUCCGUAUCUGGUGGCUGUGCAGGGCUAUGGGACAGGUGUGCACGCUCCUGGAGAGAAGGGGGGUCCCGCUGGCUUUCUCACUGUGGCUCACAACCUAAUCAGGGCGCACGCCAAAGCAUGGCACACCUAUAACACCCACUUCCGUCCGGCUCAGAAUGGAAAAGUCUCUAUUGUUUUGGGGUCCCACUGGGUCGAGCCUCAAAGGGGCCGAGCCACAGUCACAAACAUUGAGCUCUGCCAGCAGUCAAUGGAGGCUUCCCUCGGCUGGUUUGCCAACCCCAUUUUUGGUGAUGGGGACUACCCAGUCUCUUUAAAAACGAAGUACGGGGGCCUCUUGCCCACAUUCUCUCCUGAGGAAAAACUCUGGGUGAAGACAACAGCUGAUUUCUUUGCCCUGUCCUUUGGGCCUAACAACCUCCGUUUGGACCGGGGCCUGAUCCAGUACGGGCAGACCGUGACCCCCGACCUGAGGCGCAUACUGGGCUGGAUAAAGCUGGCGUAUGGGGACCCAAAAGUGCUUGUGACAGAGGGGGGCUGGUUUUCUGAAGCCAGUGUAGGAAAGGAGGACACAGUGGCCAUUUACCUGAUGAAGAAGUUCAUCAACCAGGUCCUGCAAGCCAUCAGGUUUGAUGGGGUGCAGGUGUUUGGGUAUUCUGCCUGGUCCCUUGUGGAUGGAUUUGAGUGGAAUUAUGGCUACACUGUUAGGCGAGGCCUAUUCUACAUUAAUUUCAACGAACCGAACCGAACCAGGACCCCUAAGACCAGUGCUCAGUACUACCGGCGCGUUGUGAGUGACAACGGUUUCCCCAGCGACGAAACCUCCAGCCGGAUCACCGGCCGCUUCCCCUGUGACUUUCACUGGGGGAUUGCUGACUCCACUAUACAGGUCCAGUUCUACCCUUUCUCACCACAGUUUACUGACCCCCAUUUGUACAGCUGGAACGUGACAGGAGACGGAUUGUUGCGUCGGGUCCCUGGGGUGAAGAUGCAAACCAGACGAGCCCAGUGCACCGACUACUUGGCCAUCCGUGGUCAUCUCCGCCUGUUUGAGUCCACCGGGGCCUCUCAUUACCGCUUUGCUCUCAACUGGUCUCUGAUUUUACCCCAGGGAGACCUCUCUAAUGUGAACACUGAAGCUCUGAGGUACUACCGCUGCGUUCUGUACGAGCUCAAGAGGUUGAACCUGGAGGCUGUGGUUAUUCUCUACCACCCCACCCACAGAUCUCCUCAUCUAGGUUUGCCCGGGCCACUGCAGGCCUCUGGCGGUUGGCUGAACUACAGCACCGUGGAGGCCUUUCAGGAGUAUGCAGCACUCUGCUACCAGCAGCUGGGGUCCUGGGUUCCAUACUGGAUCACCGUUAAUGAGCCCAACAGACUGAUAGACAUUUAUUCCAGUUGGAAAGAGAAGCAUCAGGCGGCUCAUAACCUUCUUCUGGCUCACGCUAAAGCCUGGAGGCUGUACGAGAGGGAACACUCGGCUCGCCAGGGAGCACUGGUAUCACUUGCUUUACACGCCGACUGGGUUGAACCCGCGAACCCCUUCCUUGACUCCCAUACAGCAGCAGCACAGAGGUUCCUUUUGUUUGAGCUUGGUCGGUUCUUAGACCCGUUGCUUGGGACCAGAUAUAAGGAGAAGCACAGCAACGUGGACUAUCCCGAAGAGAUGAAGGCAUACCUGGAGGAGAGAGCUGGAGUAAUGGGCCUCCCCGGAUCCCCUCUUCCUACCUUUACUGAGGCUGAGAUGAAGGAGCUCAGAGGGACAUUGAGUUUUAUCGCUCUGAAUCAUUUUACCACCCGCUUGGUCGCUCCAUAUCUCCACACACCAGACAAUUUUCAGCGGAAACAACCUCCUGAUCAUGGCUGUCUGAUCCUUUCGGAUCCCACCUGGCCCUCCUCCAGCCUGGGGCAGGCUCUAGUACCCCGGGGCCUGCGGAAGAUGCUGAACUGGGUGAGCCAGAGAUAUGGAGGCGCUCUGCCUAUCAUUGUCACAGCCAGUGGGGUGGAUGAUCAGGCUCCUGUGGAGGACAAACUCAGGCAACACUUUCUCAAGAGUUAUCUGCAGGAGGCCUUAAAAGCUCGCCAAUUAGAUAGAGUCAACCUGCAGGGCUUCUACGUGUGGAAACUGCAAGAUCGACAUGCCCCCCAGUUUGGCCUCUUCACUUCAACCCACCAUCAAUCUAAGGCCAAAGCCUCUAUCGCAAUCUACAGAGAGAUCAUCACUCAUGGUGGUUUCCCUGAAGAUAGAACCACGCAAACCUGCCGGUCUAGUGAGCUGCAUGUACGUUGUUCUGUGUGUGCAUGGAUGUUCAGGCACAAGGCAAUGUUGGUCUUUGCAGGUCUCAUCAUAAUUACAGCCCUGACGUUGGCAGCACUUGUCGUCUUUGUCAUCAUCACCAAGAGAAACCAGACAAGAGGCAGAGGGAGGAGGGUGAAGAGGUGGAGAAAAAGGGAAGGAGUCGCUGUAUGCUUAUGUCCACCUGUUAAGUGCUAACUGUAGAGACAUUGAUCCAUAACGUAUAGCACACAUACUGUAUGUGGCUCAUUGACAUUGUCUGGUCCAAUGAUGUAUGUAUCUGUGCUUGUAACAAAUGUGUGAUCAGUUUACCAACAAUUACUGUAAAAAUCUAUCUAUCACUAUCUUCUUCUCUUUCAUUGUAAAAAUGUGUUAUUCCUCCUUUAACUAAUUGCUUACCUUACUUAUGUCAGAAAUAUGUCGAUGCCGUGAUUCUGGUAUUGGUAUUCUGGAGUCAGUGAGGUUUGAAUAAUUUGGAUACUACUUCUAAAUGUGUUCUUACCGGAAAUGAGUGUGAACCUCCGCGAGACAAUGACGCCCCCUAGCGUCACACUGUAGAAACAAGGAUCUGUCUUUUGUUCAUUUUCUUUUGAGAAAAUACCAAAAGUUCCUGUGACUGAUUCUUCAAUUGAUACAUACUUUGGACUUGAAAGCUGCGAAUCAGAACGGAGUUGUCUAACUUAAUUCUGUGGGAUUUUGGACAAUCUGUGAAUGACUAUAUGUAAACCGAUAGCCGUUGUAUGAAAACCUGUUUACCUGUUCUGAGAUCACUGCAUUAAAAGUCUAAAAUGUCA